GGAAAUAGUGUGUGGCCUUUUGUUCGUUUGACGACAAUUGAACGCAACGAAGUCGAAUAUCGAGUUGUGCAUUUGUUUUCCAGAAUCUGAUAGCACAUUUGUAUUUCCGAAAUAGGAUCCCAAUUUACAGCUCAAUCUCGUUCGACUCAACUCUAAUUCCCGGACCCCUAAUUCGCCUUUGUUGGGGUAAGGAUAACGUCAUCCGAAUUUUAAACUGGGUGCAUCUCGUCCACAAUCACAUUGCGGCGAAAUUGGACAAGCCGAUUCCAUUAUUCUCAUCCAUCAAUUCUUCAGAUUAGAAUUUUUUUCAACAGACUAUCUAACAGAAAAUGGCGAGAAAUAACACAUCCGUCGUGCUGGCCGAGCGGCCCAAGCCGAAAAUCAUCCCGGGCAAAACCUUUGCCAAGAAGGUCCAGCCGGCGCCUACCGAGGCCGACCUCAAAGAUGGACAGAUUUUGGCCGAGACGCUGUACAUUGGUCUCGACCCAGCUAUGCGUGGAUGGUUGAAUGAUGCCCGCUCAUAUGUCCCACCCGUCCAAAUCGACGAGGUGAUGCGAGCCGCGGCGGUCUGCCGUGUGCUGGCGUCGCGCUCCAAGCUGGCCAAGCGCGGAGACCUCGUGUCCGGCAUGCCCGGCUGGCAGGAGAUCAGCAUCCUGUCCGAGAAGGGCCCGCGGUCCUUUGACGCGCCCUUUGCCGUGCCGGCCAACGGCCGCCCGACCGACAUGCUCGGCGUGCUCGGCAUGACCGGCCUGACGGCCUACAUGGGCGUCAAGCACGUCGCGGCCAUCAAGCCCGGCGACACCGUCGUCGUCUCGGGCGCCGCCGGCGCCACCGGUAGCGUGGUCGGCCAGAUGGCAAAGCACGUCUACGGCGCCGGGCGCGUCGUGGGAAUCGCCGGCGGUGAGGACAAGUGCCGCUGGCUCGUCGAGGAGCUGGGCUUCGAUGCCGCCGUCGACUACAAGGCCCCCGACUUCAAGAAGAAGUUUGCCGAGGCGACAAAGGGGUUUAUUGAUGUCUACUGGGAUAACGUUGGCGGUGAGAUCCUUGAUUUGGCGCUGGCUCGCGCUAAGAAGCACGCGCGGUUCGUCAUGUGCGGCGGAAUCAGCACCUACAACGACAGCGCUAACGAGGUCCGGGGACCAAGGAACAUUAACAUGGUCAUCGCCAUGUCUAUCAGGAUGCAAGGCUUCAUAGUUUUCGACUACAUCAAGGAGUAUGCACAGGCGCGUCAGGAUCUGGCCAAGUGGCUCGAAGAGGGCAAGAUCAAGCGCGGGGAGACGAUUGUCAAGGGUGGAUUGAAUGUCAUUGAGCAGACGCUGGUUGACCUGUUCAACGGUGUUAACAAAGGAAAACUGCUCGUUGAGGUCAAGAAUCCGGAUUCUGCAAAGCUGUGAGGGGGGCAAAUUAAUGAGAAGCGGAUGAGGCGGGGACUAAAUGAGGCUUUGGUCAGAUGCAGGUAACAAGAAUACGAUGUUCGAUGCCCCUCUAUCUAUUCAGUUAGAUUAAAGAGCCAAGGUACUUCGUAAGCUUGUUUGUUACCUUAGUCUGCAGAAACCCUGAUCAUCGCAAUUCUAACUCUAAAAGGGAAACAAAAAAAGCCACGACAGACAAUUCACGAGUUUAACGAUCUAGAAUCUAGAACUAGAUUAGAACCCAGACAUGAAUGCCCCCAGCUGUACAUACUGUAUUGCUGACAAUUUGCAGAAUUACUGCAGCAGAAAAAAGAAUUUAUUGACAAGUGGACCGGCGGAGGUUACCAUUCUCGGCAUUCUCUUACUCGAUCGUUACUCGAUCAAAACCUCUUUCAUAUUCCCUGGAACUCAAAUGGAGGUCAGAUGGAUUCCGAGAGCGGCCUGGAAUUUCUGUCGAUUGAUUGGCCGGAUAAGGAUCUCUACCUGCCCCACCCCCCUGUACCUCCAUAUCUUUGCCGAGCCAAUUGGCAAACGUUGAUAAGAACCUCUUGGGUUCUUCCAAGGGUCUGUCGUGUCUUUCUUUGUUUGCUUUGGCCGCAUGCAGGCCUGCUUUCCUUUUUUUUUUUUUUCUCUCUCUCUCUUUGUUUCUGUUUUGUUUCCAAACCCUCUGUGGAUUCCAUCCAGACUCGGUGCGCCAGUAUAUG